CAGUAGACAUGUCAUAAUCUAUAAAUAGUAGACGUUAAGUUCUCUUUUUAAGUUAAACAAAUCUUUCCACUUAUAUUUUUGGUAUUUAACAAUAAUUUAAAAAAUUGUUAUUAAAUAAAGUGUUAAAAUUACGUUUUAAACAAAAUGCCAGUCUUUCAUACGAAAACAAUCGAAUCCAUUUUGGAGCCAGUCGCACAGCAGGUGUCUCGACUGGUAAUACUGCACGAGGAGGCCGAAGAUGGCAACGCGAUGCCCGAUCUUCAGCAGCCCGUUCGGGUGGUCAGCAACGCCGUCUCGAACCUGCUCAAGGUGGGCAAGGAGACGAUCAGCAGCUCGGACGAUCCGAUCCUGCGACAGGACAUGCCCGCCGCCCUGCAGAGGGUCGAGAAGUCCUCCGUACUGCUCGAGCAGGCGAGCGACAUGCUGAAGCACGAUCCGUUCUCGGGGCCGGCCCGGGAGCGCCUCAUCGAGGGUAGUGGCGGCAUUUUGCAAGCGACCUCCGCCUUGCUACUUUGCUUCGACGAAUCGGAGGUGAGAAAGAUCAUCCACGAAUGCAAACGUGUCCUUGACUACCUCGCCGUCGCCGAGGUGAUCGAAACGAUGGAGGAGCUGGUGCAAUUUUUACGCGAUCUCAGUCCGUGUCUGAGCAAGGUGUCGCGCGAGGUGAGCGCGCGCGAGAAGGAGUUGACGCACCAGGUGCACGCCGAAACUUUGGUGCGUUGCCUGGAGCAGGUGAAGACUCUGGCGCCGAUCCUCAUCUGCUCCAUGAAGAUUUACAUUCACAUCAUCACGCAAGGGGGCAAGGGGGCGGAGGAGGCGGCCGAAAAUCGGAAUUAUUUAACCGCUCGCAUGUCCGAUGAAAUAAUCGAAAUCAUUCGCGUGUUGCAAUUGACGAGUUACGAUGAGGAUACGUCGGAGCUCGACAACUUGACCGUUCUGAAGAAGUUGCAGAAUGUGAUUUUGAAUAAGAUCAACACCGCGAACGAUUGGUUGCUGGAUCACUCUGCGUUUAAGGGAGGUAUCGGGGAGAAGUCUUUGCGCCAACUGAUCGACGCGGCGGGCAAGGUGGCGGACAGGUGUCUUCCACCGGACGCGCAGGCAAUCGGUCGACUCGUAUCCGAGCUCACGACGAUGACGGACGCACUGUGCGAGCUUCGACAGGACGGGCACGGAGCAACACCUCAGGCGGAGGCUUUGGCGGACAGCAUCAGGAAAAAGCUGGGCCAUUUGCAGCAGGCCGUACUGAACGCGGUGGUCGGCGUCGACAAGUCCGGCCUGCAACAGAUCGCCCAUACGGUGCAGGGCCGAAUCGAGCAAGCGCGCAAGUGGCUGACGCAUCCGGGGCAGAACGAUCGCGGGCUGGGGCAGCGGGCCAUCGCGCUGAUCGUACAGGAGGGACGUAAAGUGGCCGACGGCUUGCCGGGCAUUCAGAAGACGGAAAUUCUGGAACUAUGCGACGACGUCGACGGACUGUCGCGCCAACUGGAGCAGCUGUGCCUGCAGGGCCACGGCGAUUCCGCGCAGGCGCAGGACGUCGCGAGAAAGUUAUCGCAGAAGCUGCACGAGCUGAAAGAGCGCAUCAACAAGGCGGUCACGAAUCGGGUCGUCGAAGAUUUCAUCGAUAUCGUCACCCCCUUGAAACACUUCACCGAGGCCGUACUGGCCUUGGAGGGUACGCCGAAUCGCGAUCAGAAUUUCUCGGACAAAGCGGCGAACCUACAACAGUUUUCGAAUCGCGCCGUAAAAACCGCCAAAAUGGUGGCGGCAGGUGGAAGCGGCGGCAACAAAAAGUUGGCCGAAUCCUUGCAGAGCGCCUCGGGUCAGGUCGAAAGCCUAACGCCGCAGCUCGUCUCCGCCGGCAAUAUUCGACUCAACUAUCCCACGUCGAAGGCGGCCGACGAGCACUUCGAGAACCUCCGCCAGCAGUACGCCGACACGCUUACGAAGGUGCGCAAUCUGUGCGACGAGGCGACGGACUCCGGCGACUUCAUCAAGGCGUCCGAGGAGCAGAUGCGGAAGCACACGUUUCUGUGCGAGGAGGCGAUCAAGAACAAGCAAUCGCAGAAGAUGGUCGAUAAUACGUCGGCGAUCGCGCGUCUCGCCAAUCGCGUGCUGCUCGUCGCCAAGCAGGAGUCGGACAACUCGGAGGAUCCCGCCUUUAUCGACGAAGUCAAUCAGGCAUCGAACAUACUGCAAAACUGUGUUCCGCUGAUGGUGCAGGACGCCAAGCAGGUCGCGAUUAAUCCGGCCGAUCUGAAUUCGAUUUCGAAGUGGAGAGAAUCAAAUAAAGCGCUUCUCGGCGCAGUCGCACAAGUUCGUGACGUCAUCAAACCAGAGGUUCCACCGCUGCCCAACAUGACCUCACUGAAACUAGAAUCCGGAAUUCCGGGCACUUACUUUGCCGACAAAGUUGGUGAGCCUCUCCGUAGUACGCCGACUCCCACUUUCAGCACGGAAGCCGGUAGACUUACGCCGAUUGCUAACCUUCAAGGCCGCGUUAGUCCGCUACCGAAAUGGGCCCGAGGCGAGAACUCGGACCUCCUUUGCCAAGAACUAAUAUCUAACAAUUACAGGGAGCCAGGAUAUUAUAGUUUCAUACCCGAGUAUAUUAUUGACGAUGAUAUGGCACCGCCAAGACCGCCUUUACCCAGCGACGACGUUCCUCUGAGACCGCCACCUCCAGAAACCGACGACGAAGACGACGUGUUCAAACGAGCCCCCAACUCGAGUCAACCGAUCAUGGUCGCCGCGCACAACCUGCACCGCGAGGUCCGCCAGUGGUCAUCGAAAGACAACGAUUUAAUCGCCGCCGCCCGCAAGAUGGCGCUACUCAUGGCGCGCCUAUCCGAGCUCGUUCACAACGACGACAAGGGCAGCAAACGAGAGCUGAUCGCGACGGCGAAGGCGAUCGCCGAGGCGAGCGCCGACGUCACCGGAAUCGCGAAGCAGCUCGCCCGCGAGUGCACCGACAAGCGGAUACGCACGAACCUACUGCAGGUCUGCGAGCGGAUACCAACGAUCGCGACCCAACUGAAAAUUCUAAGUACGGUGAAAGCGACGAUGCUGGGCGCGCAAGGAAUCGGAGCGCCGAGAAGAGGUUCCGAGGAGGAUCGUGAGGCGACCGAGAUGCUCGAGGGCAACGCGCAGAAUCUCAUGCAGAGCGUCAAGGAGACGGUACGAGCGGCCGAGGGCGCUAGCAUCAAGAUACAUUCGCAAUCGCACGGACGUCUCAGAUGGGUGCGACGUUUACCUUGGUACCACUACAAUUAGACAUUUUAACGUACAAGCUUUAACCGAAGAGUACUAAGCAUAAAGAGAUUUAACACAAUCUUGCCACCUAUCGACGAGCUUCGGUACCGUUGAAUCUUCUUCUGUUUGGUACUUUUUGCUUUUAACGAUAUUGACAGAUAUUUUUAUAUGCUUAUAUUAGCGAGUAAGUUGUGCAAUAGUGCCAAACGCCGAUCUAGAUCGUUAUAUUAAUUUUAUGUGUCAAAUUCUAUCGAGUAUUAAUUGGGUUGUUAUAUUUUGUUAAUUGUAUACACCGUAAUCUAUUUAAAAAAUUUAUAAUCGUUGCUCUAUUUAUUGGAAUGAAAUUGUAUUAUUUAUUAAUUUCUUAAAAAAAUAACAUCACAUUUAAUUUGUUUA